CCUGAAUGUUGGCUGAUGCAACGUGGCCACGCUUGCAAAUAGCCCGAGAGCGAGGAUUUGAGCUCCUCGUGCCACGGUAGAGCCGAUACGUCGGGAUGCGAAAGAACGACAUCACUGCAGCACAAAGAUUUAGUUUGUGAACUAAAAAAAUCCAGAAGCUGUGAAAACCAAGGAAGUUGGACACUGCUCUGAAGCAUAUUUGCCCACUGCAUUCUUGUGUGAUCACAUGAAAAGCCUGCUUCAUAGAUUGGCUUCUUGAAGAACAUCCUCCAGCAUGUGUGUGUACAUAAAUCAUAUUAUAUGUGCAGUUCAUUAAGCCAAAUAAUAGUAUUUUUCUCUCACUUAAAGUUCUGCUAUUAAUGAAUGGUGUAUACAGUGGCCCAAAACACAUUAUGACUGAAGAUAGAUAAGUCUAUUGAAAUACCUGCUAAAUGUAUAAUCAAAAACAUCUUAUAUUGUGCUAAUACUACACACACACACACAAAAAAAAAACCCACAAUUUUUUGAGAGAUAUUUAGGACAUGCUAAUGCCUCUGUAGUUGCAUGACAGUGUGAGAGCAAAAAGCUGUUUGUGUAUACUAAGUACCUGACGUGUGAGCGUACAUUUCCUAGCAAAUAAGGGACCUAUUGUCAAUGUGCAAAGAUUCCAUACAUUUAGAACCGUAUAGUUAAACUUUUUCUAGUACUACACUUGAAAAGAGUUCUAGAUCGGGAAAGAAGAUCUGCUAUGUACAUUUCUAAUCGAGACUAGUAUUGAGGUGUGUGAAUUUGCAAGAAGCAUAAGUUCCAGAUCACAGUGUGACAUUGGUGUGUUUGAGUCUCAUACUGUCUCCCUUGAUGGAGAAAUCCAAAGCAGACCUAGAAAUAGCUGGAGAUCCUGAGGGUGAAUCCAAUCAAGAUCUUCUGCCUGAGGAAUCUGCUACUCGCCCUACCUGGGGAUCAAAGGCUCAGUAUAUCCUCGCCCAGGUUGGCUUUUCUGUUGGACUCGGCAAUGUCUGGCGUUUCCCCUACCUGUGUCAUCAAAAUGGUGGAGGUUCUUUUCUGCUGCUAUACCUGGUCCUCCUCCUCGUCAUUGGGGUCCCUCUCUUCUUCCUGGAGCUGGCAGCCGGGCAGAUUAUCCGACAGGGCAGCAUUGGUGUCUGGAAGCACAUCAGCCCCCGCCUAGUAGGCAUCGGCUUUGCAAGCUGUGUGGUGUGUUCUUUUGUUGCCCUAUAUUAUAAUGUCAUUAUGGCAUGGAGUCUUUUCUACUUGGGUAAUUCUUUCCAGUUUCCCCUUCCGUGGAGUGAUUGCCCAGGAGCAGAAAAUGAAACAGGUGCAGUCACAGAAUCUGAAUGCACGGACAGUUCUCCCACUAUCUAUUUCUGGAACCGAAAGGCCUUGCACAUUACCAACUCCAUAGAGGAGAGUGGGGGUCUUGACCCAGCCCUUGCUGGCUGCCUCUUUGCUGCUUGGAUGCUGGUUUGUCUCGCCAUGAUCAAAGGCAUUAAAUCAUCAGGCAAGGUUUUGUAUUUCAGCUCACUGUUCCCUUAUGUGGUUCUCUUGUGCUUCCUUGUACGUGCUUUGCUGCUAGAAGGGGCAGCUGAUGGAAUCAGGAUCAUGUUCACCCCUAAACUGUCCAUUUGGGGAGAUAUGCAGGUCUGGCGUCAGGCUGCCACUCAGGUGUUCUUUGCCCUGGGUCUGGGCUUCGGCACCAUCAUUGCUUACUCCAGCUACAAUCCUCAGAAUAACAACUGCCACAUUGAUGGGUUGCUUGUGUCUGGCAUCAAUUUCCUUACCUCGGUGCUCGCCACACUGGUGGUUUUUGCCGUGCUGGGUUUCCGAGCCAAUGUGUUGGCACACAAGUGUGUUGAAAGAAAUGCAAAUCUUUUGACCGAUCUAGUGAAGAAUGGUUCCUUUUUAGAUGUACUUCCUGCAAACCUGUCUCAAUUUUCACCUGCUCAAUACAGCAGUUGGUAUCAGGAUGAAUGGGAUGAAACAAAGAAACAAUUGCAGAAGUGGAAAGUUGGUGACUGUCGUGUAGAAGAUGAAAUGAAUAAGGGUGUGGAAGGGACAGGGCUGGCCUUCAUCACCUUCACAGAAGCUAUGACCCUGUUUCCAACAGCCCCUUUCUGGUCUAUACUGUUCUUUUUUAUGCUGCUCAAUUUAGGGCUAAGCACCAUGUUAGGGAACAUGCAAGGAAUCAUCACUCCUUUAUUGGACAACUUCCACAGUCUUCACCGUCGGCGGACGCUCUUCACAGUCGUGUGCUGUAUGAUUGGAUUCCUGCUGGGCUUGGUUUUUGUUCAGGGCUCAGGAAACUAUUUUGUGACUAUGUUUGAUGACUAUUCAGCCACUUUGCCCCUGCUUAUUGUUGUAGCCGGCGAAGCUUUUGCCAUAGCUUGGAUCUAUGGAGCUGACAGGUUCUUGGAUGACAUAGAAAGCAUGCUGGGCUGGCGGCCGUGGAAAAUCUACAGCUACAUGUGGCGCUUUGUGAGUCUGGCAGCAAUGUUGUGCCUGUUGCUAGCGAGUUUGGUGUACUUGCUCAUGAAGCGCCCCACCUACACCGCCUGGAACAGAGAAAAGGCAGAGGAGGAGCAGCUGGAAUACCCACCAUGGGCCUUGGGCCUUCUCAUUAGCCUGAUUGUUGUGGCUGCUCUACCCAUUCCAGUCAUGUUUCUUAGACAGCUCUUGCUGGAAAGGUUUUCCCAACACAGCCACAACUCUGGCCAGAUACCUGUACCCACCGACGAGGAAGACAGGGCGCAAGAAAAAGAAAGUCCGGCUGAUCUUGAACUCGAUCCCCCAGACGACUUCUCCCACACCAAAUUUGGUCCUAUUUUGCUGAUGAACAGACAGAUAAAGCCCUGGGUCCCUUUACAUAAUUUCUUUGCAGCAUUCCUUUGGGUUGGAAAGAAUCAAAAAGUAAAUAGUAACACGAUUGGUGCUUUUAAAAAUUAACAGGGCACUAAACAGUUGUAACUUCAAACGUUGUGCAGGAUUGAACUUGGAUAAAUUAACCUGCCCGACAUAUCGGGGACUGCAUCCCAUUUUAAAAAAAUACAAAAGAAGACUGCGCUAUUAUUCCAUUCUUUUUUAAAAAAUCUGCCCUUUGUUUGAUAAGGAGAAAGGACAGAAAAGACAUUUGGAAAACAUAGCCAUCUUCCAGAUGGAUAGUUUGUCAUAGGAGCCUGCUUUUUCAAUAAAUGUGAAUGAACGAUACACAACGAUUCCAUAUCAUCUUGAAAGACACCUGCUGGAGGACAGUAAAACUGUAAAUGGAAUGAUAAAGGACCUGUGAAUAAAAUAUAUUUAAGUGGACUCUUUUCACUUUAGUGAGCCACCUUAUACCUUGAACAACUUUCAAAGAACCUUAUUCUGUUCUCCAUGAAGGCAUCUUUAUAACUAUUGGUCGGACAAACUCUUGACUGGAGAACUACAGUUAUUGGAUUUCAAGGCACCAUGUUCUGCAAUGAACAGUGGUAAAAGGAAAUGAGGCCACCCAAAAAUAUGGUGGCUAAACAUCAUUAAAGUCAACAUCAGCCAGAGCAUAGAACAACUGAAAGAAGUCAUACAAGUUCGGAAAAUGCAGAAACAGCUGGGAAUUCCUGAGAAUUGGAGACGAUAUAACAGACAGCAGCAGCAUCGUCGUUGUGCUCUACAAAGAAUGAGAGAUCCAGGAAGAAAAGGUGCAUUUGACUCUGCUAAAGCAUCUAUGUCUCACGCUGUUAUGUGUUCCUCCCUAUUCCCCCAAAUCCACUUUAGACUAAACUCCUCAAGAGCAAGGACCCACCCAAUGACAUCUGAUGGCACCAUGUUCUUUCAUGUUCCUUUCAUCUCAAGCAGUGUUUUUCAACUUGGGCAGUGUUAAGAUGUGUGGACUUCAAUUCCCAGAAUUCUCCAGCCAACCAUGCUGAUUGGGGACUUCUGGGAGUUGAAGUCCACACCUCUUAAAAGUUGUUGAGGUUGAGAAAGACUGUUUUAAAGACUAACUGUUAUACUGGUGACUGGGAGGAAUACCUUACUCUGGCUAUGCAGUGGAAUCUCUUAGAGGGUUGUCACAAAUAUUUAAAAGUAAUUGGAAAAGCAAAGUGGUCAAUACACAUUGGAGGUUUUGCUCCUUGUUUAACCUGCACAAGGACUGCGUAAGCAGUUAUGGUGGUGCAGUUUGAAAACUCUACUGAUAACCAAAAUACUGCUAAUAGUAUGUUUAUUCUUUGCAUAACCGUAGGAUCCACUGGGAGGAUGGAUCAUAAUAUCAACAAGAAUGCGAACCGCAGUCUUACUUCAGUAAGAUUCUACCUCAGUGAGAAAUAAAGGCGAGAAUGGACUUUUUCAGUACUUUGUCAGAGAUUAUAGCUCAAAGAGCUAAAAGCUUUAGAGAAGUAAUCAAUAGGCUGCUUAUUUUUUGAUAUUCUCUAUGGGGAAUUACUGGACUUUUUCAAUACUUCAAUAAAUGAACUGUAUGUUGGAGUUUAAAUUUUGUUUUGAGGACUUCCCUAAUGCAGGGCAAAACAAAGCAAGUAAUUAAAACUCCACUGUUCUGGUAAUGGGUGUCAGUUUCUUGUGAGGGAAUAGAACUUAAGGUCUAUAAAUGAGCCUUAAAAGAAGAAAACAAACUUUUAAUUGUUUCCCCCUUCCUCUUCAAUAAAAGCUGCUUAGCACAAAUACUUGCAUUGUAUUAAAUUUUAGAGUGAGAAACUGAUUUCUGUCUUGGUUCAUUUAAACUUCUUUAUCAUACGAUAAAGAACUACAGUGACAAUGAAGAUAAGUUGUCAGGUUCAAAUUAGGGAAUUUUCGUUACUCAGAUUAGGGCACUUAAAAACAUAGAUAGAGCUGUCACAAUUUAUUUCAUUUGAUUGGGCAACUUAAGGACAUCUCAGUCACUCUUUGUACUAUAGCUAGGGCUGUAUAAAAAUAACAAGUUCAAAAGUGUGAAAUAGGUUGUUUCAAGGAUUUUGGAAUUCACCAAUUCCCCACUCAGAAUCAGAUUCCAUGAAAUGUUGUACCCCAAAUGGUUCAAAAUAUAGUAUUUUUCAUAUUGUGCCUGUUGCCUUGAAACUCAGGUGCCCAAGUUCAGCAUGGAACUAACAAGAACUUGAUCCCCGAAUUUGAGAAAGACACUUUUACCUUUGCAAAGGGCCUUCUUUGCCCACUUGAAAGUAUGAAUCACCAGAAAUUCAAAUCAUCAAGUAAUAUUUUCAAUCUCUCAUUGCAGCAGGCAGUGGUCCCAUCGUAUUUUAAGACGGCCCUCAUUUUGCCUGUGCCAAAAGAAAUCCACAAUUACAGACUCAAUGAUUACUGUCCGGUUGCACUGACAUCUAUCAUUAUGAAAUGCUUUGAGAAGCUGAUAAAUGACAUUAUUGUAUCCAGGCUCCCACCAGCGUUUGACCCGCUUCAGUUUGCUUACCGACCAAAUUGCUCUACAGAGAAUGUUAUUUUUUCUGUUUUCCAUCUGAGCUUGGAGCACUUAGAGGAAAGAAAUACUCAUGUGUGUUUGUUGUUCGUCGACUUCAGUUCAGCAUUCAACACAAUCACUCUUCAGCAUCUAGUAGAUAAACUGGGCCCUUUAGGCUUAAACACUCCUUUGUUCAACUGGAUUCUUGAUUUUCUUACUAACAGGCCUCAGUAUGUGUGAGCUGGAACAUACAUUUCUAACACCAUUUUCAGGUUCUCCUCAGGGCUGCGUCCUAAGUCCACUGCUGCUCACCCUGUUGACCCAUGACUGUUGUGCUAGGUUUGCCACCAAUUAUAUUCUGAAAUUUGCAGAUGAUACAACAGUAGUGGGCCUUAUUCAAGAUGACAGUGAGAGUGCUUACCGCAAGGAAGUUGAGGUUUUGGUGAACUGGUGUAAGGAAAACAGCCUAGUUUUAAACAUUGGAAAAACCAAAGAGAUCAUUGUCGAUUUCAGAAAAGGCAGGCACAGCCACGCUCCUCUGUGCAUUAAUGAUUCACCUGUGGAGAUGGUUACCAGCAUCAAAUUCCUGGGUGUGCAGUUAGCAAAUAAGCUGGCUUGGUCGCUAAACAGUGAGAGACUGGUGGAGCAGCGCCUGCAUUUUCUGUGUCGUAUGAGAAAAACACAUGUUCCACUUUCUACAGAGGAACAAUCCAGAGCAUUCUGUCAUACAGCAUCACAGACUAGUUUGGAAGCAUCACUGCUUCAGACAGGAAGGCGAAGAGUGGUGAGGAUGGCUGAAAAGGUUAUUGGCAGUUCCCUCCCUUCCAUUCAGGACAUAGUACAUAAGCAUUGUUUGAGUGGGGUUCGCAAGAUUGUCUGGGACAUGACACAUCUUCUUCACAACCUGUUUUCUUUGUUACCUUCUGGGAGGAGGCUCUGUGGUAUCCAAAGCAGAACAUCCAGAUUCAGUCACAGUUUUGUUCCAUACAGUAUUAACUUUCUGAACUCUAAAGCUUCCUCCUUCCAUUAUGUAUUCAAGAUGGACAGUGAUUACUAUUUAUAUGUUACUUAUAUGUAAGGGUGUAGGUCUAUACAUAUAUUGUAUAUAGAAUGUUUAAAUGUUGUUAUGUAUGCGUACACUUUGAGAACAAGCAAUUAAAUUUCAUUUUUAAUGUGUGCCAUUGUGCCCACAGUAAAAAAUGACAAUAAAAGUC